AUAUGAAGUGGAGCGGAAUCAGCUGAAAUCCCGGUCUUCUUUUCCUCGAUUUCCGAGUCAGAGCUCAUACCGCUUUAUGUUUCUCUAUCUCUGACUUCGAUUCCAUUGCUGGAGCCGAAAAUUUUUCACCAGGGUUAAGUUUUCUGCUUUUCUCUUUACUUCGAUGGAGCCAUUGAAGCGGCAUCUUCGAAGCAUUUAGGGUUUUUUUGAUGCCGGAAAUGGCGGCGGAGCCAGUCCGCCGUCCGGCAGACUCCGCCAAGGAAGAGUUUAUCGAUCUGAUUGAACGCUUUCUGGAAUAUCUCGCUGGGAUCUCAGAGCGCAUGCCUUUCGCGGUCGAUCGCCAGAAAUUUCGCUCGAUCGUGACUCUUGCUGCACUUUCUGUUGCAAUAUUUAUUACUUGGAAACUUUUGAGAGCUCCACCUCCCCGUCAAAGAAGACAACCUAGACAGUCCGGUGAAGUAACAGCUGUUUCUGGUGCCAGAUCUAGUUCAAACUCAGGUCUGACAUCAUCGGAAUAUUGCUCUUCCUCUGCCGAGUUAAGAUCACAUAACAGAGUUGAUGAGCUAUUCCUGCCUGGAAAGCAUACUCUGGCACAAAUUGUAAGGUAUAGGCUGAAUGAAGGGCGCAAGGUUACAUGCCAAUUGCUGGGUGUAAUCCUUGAGGAGACCACUCCGGAGGAGCUUCAGGAACAUGCAACGGUUAAAUCUUCUGUCCGGGAGGUGCUACUAGAGAUAACAAAAUUCUGUGAUCUAUAUCUUAUGGAAAGAGUUCUUGAUGAUGAAAGUGGGGAAAGAGUUCUCUUGGCUUUGAAAGAUGCUGGUCUGUUUACAUCAGGUGGUUUAAACAGUGAGAAGGUUCUCUUCUGUAGUACGGAAAAUGGGCGUAUUUCUUUUGUGCGGCAGCUAGAACCAGAUUGGCAUAUUGAUACAAACCCAGAUAUAAUACACCAGUUAGCAAGGUUCAUCAAGUAUCAACUUCACAUUUCUCCAACGAGAAUUGAACGUGCUGCACCUAAUGUGUUCAGUGCCACAUGCUUGGAGCAUUUCUUUGGGAUUUUGGAUUGAAGCUAAUACCUGCUGCAAUCAAUUGCAGGCCAUUUGGCUGCAUGCAAAGCUUUCAAAAAAAAAAAAUUUUUUUUUUUGGGUGCAAU